CUCGCGCACAGACCGGCGGAGGGCCAUCGGACACAUGAUGCAGUUCCUCCUGACUGAUCGGAACCAGCAGGUCCCGGCUCUCCACACGCGCCCAUCGAGCGAGCCGCGGCGUCAAUAAGCGGAGCUCCGGAGGAGGAGGGGGGGUCCCCGGCAGGAGCAGCACCGACCCCCCGGCUUCCCGCCAACACUUUGCAGCUGGACCGGUAGAUGCGGAGGUGAUGGACGGGUCUCUGUGCCGCCCAGCGGGGGUCCUGGGCUCGCCCCUGCCCGCCGGGAGCCAGCCCGCGGCCUCAGACAUGCUCAGCUCCGGCGGCGGCGGCGGGAAGCCCCUCGCCUUCUCCAUCGACCGGAUUAUGGCCAGGACCCCCGAGCCCAGGUCGAUACCGCUCCCCACCUGGUUCCAGCACAGCCCCGCGGGGAAACCGGACGCGUGCCCGUCCUCCCUGCACUGCAUGAUCCCGCUGCUGCCGCUCGGAUACGAGGCGGGCCACCGGCUCAGCAUCACCGGCCUGGACCCGGGACACCUGGACCCCGCCUCCCUCCCGGGCCCCGCGGACUUCUUCGGGUUCGGGUUGAACCCGGCGGGCCAGCAGGAGGACUCCUCCGCGAGCCAGUCCGCGGGCCAGUACAAACUCUUCAGACCGCGGGUGGUCAACCAGGCCCCGCUGCCCACCGUGGGCGCCGUGUGCUACCUGAACUGCGGCGGCGGGGACGGCGGGGGGCCGUGCGCGCCCCCGGCCGGCCUGGUCAACCUGCACCCGAUGGCCUCGUACCUGCUGAGCGCGCGCCACAAGGUGCUGAUGGCGGACAGGAGCAAACCGGGGCUGCAGCAGCCCGGGCUCCAGGCCUUCAAGGAGCUGUCCCCGGGCCAGAUCCAGCACUUCAUGAAGGAGCGGGACCACCUGUUCAAGGGCUCCGCGGGGGGGGCCCGGAUCAGCGGCCCCUGUCCCAGCAGCAAGCCCAAAGUCUUCACGUGUGAGGUCUGCGGGAAGGUGAGGAAACUACAAGAACCACAAGCUGACGCACAGCGGGGAGAAGCAGUUUAAGUGCUCCAUCUGCAGCAAGGCGUUCCACCAGGUGUACAACCUGACUUUCCACAUGCACACACACAACGACAAGAAGCCCUUCACCUGCCCCACCUGUGGCAAGGGCUUCUGCAGGAACUUUGACCUGAAGAAACACAUCAGGAAGCUGCACGACCCGGCUGGGGCGCAGUCGCCGCCACAGCCGCACUAACACCCCCCCACCCCCCACCCCACCCCCCAAAGAGCCUGGAGGCGACAUGGAAGAACAAUCUGAUCAAGCUCUGCAGAUGUUUCCUGACGUUUUGGUCCCUUUCUUUCAGCUUUGACCAAAAUUCGUAAGACAAGCAGCCAGUUUUAGCAAUUUUCCUGUCCAAUAUUUUCCAAAUAUGUUGAUAAAAUGUCUGCGAGAGUGAGAGUAACAGUAGAAGGAGCAGAACGUGUUGACCAGAUCAUGCCAGCAGCUCGUUAGGCCUUGAGCUGCUUCAUGAACAUCGAACCACACAAACAACCAAAGUUGUUCAGAGGAAAAAAAUAAAAACUUCUGUUUCACAAUAAAACAGAGUUCUGCAAAAAAAAAUAUGGCAAAUUAUUUUAAUAAGUAUUAGAUGUCAAAACUUUUAUUUGAUAAAAACAUCAUUAAAGUCCCUGCUUCUAUUAGAAAUAAUUCAAUAAAUCUAAUAGGCCUUAUUUUUUAUCUUCAUAAUUUAUUUCAAAGUGAAAUCCUUCAUUUAUGUCCACAACAUAAAAAUACUCACAUGGUUAAAGGGUUAAGUAAUAAACAAAAUUAUUGUCUUUCUUCUUUACACUAAUAGUCGUAUCACCUUAAAACAUACAAAUACAAAUACAUGUGAAUCAUUUAUUAAAUAUUUUAUUUAAAAUGUUACACUGUAACAAGUUUUAUCAGUAUUUUUCCAAAGCAGAGGUCACAGAGGUCCCCCCCCAACGUUUUAUAUCCUGAGUGAAGGUUUAAACCCUGAGCUCAGUUCUGUUUCUGUACCUGUCAGGUUCAUUCAGUCUAAUAUCUAAAGCCAACACCUUCUGUCCUGAUGUUUACCAAAGCUUUGACAACAGAGUUGUACCUCAGUGUUUUAGUCAUCUUUUAAAAAUGAUGUCCUUGAAGGAGAGCUCGUUACCAACCACUGAUCAUGUUUCAGAUGGAGAUCAGCUCAUGAGGAGAAACCAGAGUUUUGUCACUCAGUGUGUAUUUUGAAUGGCUCUCAGCUACUACCAUAUUGUGAUCACUCAAACUGAAUGAGCUGAAGACAUUUGUUUUACAAUAGCUGGCUCAGGAGCUAUUUUGAAUUGGUUUGAUUCCUAAAGUGUUUCAUGUCUGAGAGUUUCAAUACAAUUUGUCCAGUAAUACAUGAGAUAUUUUGCUAACAGACAAGCCAAGCCUCCUCUGCCUUUGCCUUUUAGCAGCUGGUGAUAAUAAACACUGGUUUUGUUUUUGAUCUUGAUCAAUAACAGCAGCUUUAAUGUCCCUACCUUCUGACACUAA